UAUUUCCCAGAAGGAUAAAUAUAGAUACUUGUUAACAUUUUCAAGCAGGAAGGAAUUAUGUAUCUACGUCCAAGUGAAAUUCGCUUUAGCCAGGAUUCUAUCAAUAACAUAUUCGACAAAAAUUCAUUACAUGCUUAUAGACGAAUCGGUGAAACGCUGGACGCCCUGUUGAAAGGACAGUGUAACAUCUCAGAUAUACCGACUAUAAAGGUGGUCAACAGGAAUGGAGUCUGGUUCACGGUCGAUAACAGGAGACUCUGGGUAUUCAGGAAGCUAGAAGAGCUGGGAAAAUGUACCGAUAUCCCGGUCCGACAAGAUUAUAAUAUUCCUUCAAGAAAAUUAACAACAGUAAACGAAGGGAGGUCAAUAACUGUACGACGUGAUGCAGGGGGCUCGUACUGGAAAACUUAUCCACGUCCCUCUAGCGUGGGAACAUCAACUCAGAGUCAUCACUCUACCAGCUUUGGGGCCAGAAGCAUGCCAACUCAAUUUGAGUUUCAAGGAAAUAGAUCCAUACCUGUACCAUCGGCGAUUCCAAGUUCAUUCCAGAGACAAUUUAUGGGCUCUGAUGUAACAAGAAACAGUCCAGGUUAUAUGCAGCCAGCAGCUGGUCGGUUUAGUUCGACAGGAUUUGCUUCUCCGAUAUACUCUCGCACGACUGCUCCAUCUCCAAGUCUUGCAUCGGUCGAAUUGCUGGACCCAGCAGACGUCCGUUACACCAAAGAAUCCAUCAAGGCUCCUCCUUUUGGUUCUUCCUAUCAGUUCACCAAUCCCAUUCUCGUCUAUCGGGCUUUCGACGAGCAGUGGGCGCUGGACGGUAACCGACGGCUUUGGUCGUACAAGAGUGCGAGGCAAUACGACCCAAGCCUGAGGGUUAAGGCGACAGUAAAGGACGACGAGGAGGAAUUCUUAGAGAAAAUGAGGGCUGACCGACCAUGGCUAACUUUGUUGGACAUUGUACAAAUGGGUGAAACAGUGACAGUUGAGUAACAUGGCACUGAAAACAUUGCAGUUAAACAAUAAGGACAACUUUGUAGAUGUUUAUUUUAAUAAAUCAUAAUUCUUUUUGACGGAGACCAAUUACAAACUUUGCUUGAAAAUGGAUAACAUUUCAUUUGCUAGAGGGAAUGAUUUAUUUGAUAGUUUGUAGACUGGCUACCAGCCCCUAAGUUUUAUGAAAAUUUUCUCAACUACAUUUUACUACUAGCUUAUCUCCCACUAGUUUUCAACUUAGGCAUCCAAGUGAUAAAAGAUAUUAGAGGUAUUUUUUCUUCUAAAUAAUCCAAUAUUCUAGAGACGGGGGCCAGUCUAGAUAGCUUGUAGAAGGGUAUUUUUCAAAGCUUGUGUUACAGAAAGGUAUGUUCAUGUUAUAUGUUAUGAAAAUAAUAAUAAUUGUUUUUAUAGGUCAACUGUCCACAUGUAUACAAGUCUUACCGGGCACUUUAUGUCACUAAGAAUAAUUUAAUCUGAUGCUCUGAUAGGUCAAGUGUCCACAUGUAUACAUGUCUUACCGGGCACUUUAUGUCACUAAGAGUAAUUUAAUCUGAUGCUCUGAUAGGUCAAGUGUCCACAUGUAUACAAGUCUUACCGGGCACUUUAUGUCACUAAGAGUAAUUUAAUCUGAUGCUCUUAUAGGUCAACUGUCCACAUGUAUACAAGUCUUGCCGGGCACUUUAUGUCACUAAGAGUAAUUCAAUCUGAUGCUCUAAUAGGUCAAGUGUCCACAUGUAUACAAGUCUUACCGGGCACGUUAUGUCACUAAGAAUAAUUUAAUCUGAUGCUCUGAUAGGUCAAGUGCCCACAUGUAUAUAUGUAUUACCGGGCACUGCAUGUCACUAAGAAUAAUUUAAUCUGAUGCUCUUAUAGGUCAAGUGUCCACAUGUAUACAAGUCUUACAGGGCACUUUAUGUCACUAAGAGUAAUUUAAUCUGAUGCUCUAAUAGGUCAAGUGUCCACAUGUAUACAUGUCUUACAGGGCACUUUAUGUCACUAAGAGUAAUUUAAUCUGAUGCUCU